GGGAGCCCCGGCUCAAUGCUCCCGCGGAAGCACAGCAGGACCACGCCGGGAGUUCCGCGGCCGAGUGAUUAUCAACGUUUACCUCAAGUCUUCCGCAGGCCUGAGGUCCAGACCCGGGUCUGGCUAGCGGCAAGGCCAGACAUUGGCGAAGAUUGACUGCUUUUGACAGUUCCCACACUGGGAGGGGCGGCCGAGGAGAGGUGCAGUAACUGAGACGUGCUGGAAAGGCCCUACAACGAAUGGAGAAAAAUAUGAAGCUUGCUACAGUGGAAGAAACUGUGGAAUACCAACUGUUUCUGAUACCAGAUGAACCAAGAAACCCAGAAAAACAUGAAAAGAUUCUUCAGAUGUAUAUUGAGAGAAUAAUGACCCAGUUUGCACCUAUGCUGGCCCCCUAUAUUUGGCAGAAUCAGCCUUUCAACCUCAAAUAUAAACCUGGGAAAGGAGAUGUUCCUGCUCAUAUGUUUGGCAUUACAAAGUUUGGAGAUAACAUUGAGGAUGAAUGGUUUAUUGUUUAUAUAGUAAUGCAAAUUACAAAGGAAUUUCCGGAGUUAGUAGCAAGGAUUGAAGAUAAUGAUGGGGAAUUCUUGUUAAUAGAAGCUGCUGACUUUCUCCCUAAAUGGUUGGAUCCUGAUAAUAGUGCCAAUAGGGUAUUUUUCCACCAUGGGGAGUUGUUUAUUAUUCCUAUACCUAGGAAAGCAGAAACAGUAUCUUGGUUACCCACCACACCCUUAACAAUCCCACAAGCAUUGAAUAUAAUCUCAACACACCCAGAAAAGAUUUUGGCUUCAGAAUCUAUACGAGCUGUUGUGCAUAGGCGUAUCAGAGGAUAUCCAGAAAAAAUCCAAGCCUCCCUUCAUCGAGCACACUGCUUCCUUCCAGCUGGCAUUGUAACUGUACUGAAGCAGCGCCCCAGAUUAGUGGCUGCAGCAGUUCAGGCAUUUUACCUACGUGAUCCUAUUGACCUGCGAGCCUGUCGUAUUUUCAAGACAUUCUUGCCUGAAACACGAAUAAUGGCAUCGGUCACUUUCACAAAAUGUCUGUAUGCACAGUUGGUGCAACAAAGAUUUGUGCCAGAUCGGCGGAGUGGAUACAGUCUUCCUCCUCCAUCUCAUCCCCAAUACCGGGCUCAUGAAUUGGGCAUGAAAUUGGCUCACGGAUUUGAGAUCUUAUGCUCCAAAUGUAGCCCACAUUUUUCUGACUCCAAAAAAUCCCUUAUGACUACCUCUCCACUCUGGACUGGCUUCCUUGAAAGUCUGAAAAAAAAUGAUUAUUUUAAGGGACUGAUAGAAGGUUCUACUCAGUACCAGGAAAGGCUAGAAAUGGCAAAGAACUACUUCCAAAUCUCAGUAAAUCAACCAGAAAGUGCUGUUGUAAUGAGUCCAGGUGAAGAAAUCUUAACCUUAUUACAGAAAAUGCCAUUUGAAAUAGAAGAGCUUAAGAAGGAAGCAGCUAAUCUUCCUGCAGAAGAUGAUGAUAAGUGGUUAGAUAUUUCACCAGAUCAGCUGGACCAACUUCUUCAGGAAGCUGCAGGCAAAAAAGAUGCAGAGCCCAUUUCCAAGGGGGAGGAGCAGAACUAUGACUUAACUCAAGUGUCAGAGAGCAUGAAAGCUUUCAUAUCAAAAGUCUCAACCCACAAAGGAGCAGAGCUGCCUCGAGAACCCUCUGAGGCUCCAAUCACUUUUGAUGCAGAUUCUUUUCUUAAUUAUUUUGAUAAGGUUUUAGGGCCAAGUUCUCAUGAGUCUGACUCUGAUGAUCUGGAGGAGGAAGACUUUGAAUGUUUAGAUAGUGAUGAUGACUUAGAUCUUGAAACUCAGGAUGCCGGGGAAGGAGCAUCUAUAAAAGGAACUCUUGAUAGUCUUAAGUCAUACAUGGCCCAGAUGGACCAGGAACUGGCACAUACCAGCAUCGGCAAAAGUUUCACCACACAGAAACAAAUGGAACCUGUAUCCCAGACCAAUUCAGAUGAGGAAGAUUCUGGUGCAGAAGGAUCUGUUAUGUCACCAGUGGAUGUAGAUUUAAACUUGGUUUCAAAUAUAUUGGAAUCCUAUAAUUCCCAAGCUGGACUGGCAGGACCUGCUUCCAACCUUUUACAAAGCAUGGGAGUGCAGCUGCCUGACAACAUUCAUCACAGACCUACAAGUAAGCCAACGAAAGAUUAAUGAGCAUACCUAGGCUCAUUUUUUCUUCCUCAAUAAAUAUUGAAUCUG